AUGGUCGCGCUAUCUGUCGUCGAGGCCGCCAACCAGGAUCUCGCCCGCAACGGCUCCCGGCCGUAUGUUGCCGUCUUCACAGGUGGAACUGCCGGCAUAGGUGCGUACGCUGUGGUGGGUAUUGCCACCGUCUUCGGCAAGGCCAAAACCACGCGCGGUCUGCGAGUGUACAUUGUUGGCCGGUCCCAAACGGCCGCCGAGACGCUGAGUGCCGACUGCCGUACCGCUUACGCCAACGGACAGUAUGAGUUCGUAAAGGCGGCAGAUCUGAGCCUGCUGGCAGACGUGGAUCACGUAUGUGAGACCAUCACGGCGGCUGAAAGCGCUGUUUCACGAAAGGAGGGUCACGCGCCACGCAUCGACUUGCUGGUGGCCACACAGGGCGUUUUGUCACUCAGCCAGCAUCAAACGGCCGAGGGCAUCGACUUUGCGUCUUCACUCUUCUACUACGGCCGCAUGCGCGUCGUCGACCAGUUGCUGCCGCUUCUGUUGUCAGUGCAGGAAGACGAUGUGGUUAAUGACACGGACGACAAUCCUCCGGGCCACGUCGUGUCUGUCUUCAACCCCAAGCUGGAGGGCGCCAUCGUCGAGUCGGACCUCAGUCUCCGGAAGCCAGAGAACCAGGGAAUUCUAGUGCGGGGUGGCCAGAACGCCUCCUUCACCACCUUUUACAUGGAGGCACUCGUCUCCCGCUAUCCUGGCCGCAUCGCCCUCGCGCACUACUACCCCGGGUAUGUGGUGACGGACCUGGCCAACAAGAGCCCGCUGCCGCGAUGGGUCAAGAUACUGUGGCGCCUGGUCGCGCCGCUGCUCAGCUUCUUCUCCGUGCCGCAAGCCGAGUGCGGCCAGCGCGUGCUGUUCAUGGCCUCGUCAGCGUACUACCCCCCCAGAGGCACCGGCAGCGACAGUGAUAGCAAGAUCCGCCUGAAGACGGCCGUGGCCGGUGCCGACGGCACCAUUGCCAGCGGUGCGUACCGCCUCAAUUGGAACGGCGAAGCAAUCGCGCGGAACAAGCAGGCUGUUUCGUAUAGGGCCAAGGGCAUGGCUGAGACCGUCUAUUCAUACACUCAGGAGGAAUUUGCAUUGGUUGUGGGGGAGACAGGCAAUAGCUGA